ACAAAACAACAUUUUUUACAUGGAAACCUCCAUUUGACGUUGUUCUUGGCCAAGCGCCAGGCCAAUCGCCACCGUUGUAUCGAUAAACCACUAAAAAAGCAAACAAAAAUAAAAUAAACCAUCCUUCGCCAUCCCUUCCCAUUCCAUAUAGAAGCAUCUCAUUCAACAAAUGCAUCUAAUAAAUUAGUGCAUCAGAUCGAAUAGUUUUUUUUCCUGAAUUUGAUCUGAGCAAAAACAAUGGACUCACCGUCGUCAUCAACAACUGGAGACACGAGCAAGGUACCGAUAAAGUCAUCAUCAUCGAUCGUGGAGUCAUUGCGAGGAUGCGGCAUUUCAAGUGGCACUCAUGUGGAUAAGGAGGAGCUGAGGAAAAAUCUGACGAUGCCAAAAUACCUUCGCUUUGCAAUGCGCGAUUCUAUCAUGUUCAAGGACCCCACCGCCGGUGAGAACCUUUGCAUUCGUAGCAAAGACGACCACAAAGCGGUGGCACCGUCCACGCCUAUGAUUGUUUUCAUCAACCCUCGCAGCGGCGGUCGCCAUGGCCCUUUCCUCAAGGAAAGGCUCCAACAUCUCAUGAGUGAAGAACAGGUUUUAGACAUGUUAGAUGUGAAGCCUCAUGAAUUUCUCCAAUAUGGGCUAGGUUGUUUGGAGAUGUUGACCGGUCUUGGUGAUUCUUGUGCCAAAGAAACUCGUAAAAGAAUAAGGAUUAUGGUAGCCGGAGGUGAUGGUAGUGUUGGUUGGGUAUUAGGAUGUCUCACAAAACUUCACGAACAAGGACGAGAACCUAUUCCUCCAGUAGGGAUCAUACCACUUGGUACAGGCAAUGACUUGUCUAGGAGUUUUGGUUGGGGUGGUUCAUUUCCUUUUUCAUGGAAGGCAGCCAUUAAGAGAACUCUUUACAAGGCUAGCAUCGGUCCAAUUUGUCGUUUGGAUAGUUGGCGACUUUCACUUUCAAUGCCAGAAGGUACAAUAAUAGAACCACCGCAUUCUUUGAAGCAUACAAUAGAGUUCACACUUGAUGAGGGCUUAGAAUUUGAGGGAGAAUUGUCUGAGAAUGUUAUAUGUUACGAAGGCGUGUUCUACAAUUACUUCAGUAUAGGAAUGGAUGCCCAAGUGGCUUAUGGUUUUCAUCAUUUACGGAAUGAAAAACCUUAUCUUGCACAAGGUCCAAUUACAAAUAAGAUUAUAUACUCUGGUUACUCCUGUACUCAAGGAUGGUUCUUCACACCAUGCACUAGUGAUCCAGGUUUUAGGGGACUUAAGAAUAUUUUGCGAAUGCAUGUCAAAAAGUUCAAUUGCCCAGAAUGGGAGCAGGUUCCAGUUCCUACAAGUGUAAGAGCAAUAGUUGCUCUAAACCUUCAUAGUUAUGGAAGUGGAAGAAAUCCAUGGGGUAAUUUAACACCUGAGUAUUUAGAGAAGAGAGGCUUUGUUGAAGCACAAGUUGAUGAUGGACUUUUAGAAAUAUUUGGUCUAAAACAAGGAUGGCAUGCAUCAUUUGUCAUGAGUGAACUUAUUUCUGCAAAGCAUAUAGCUCAGGCAACAGCUAUUCGAUUGGAAGUCAGAGGUGGUGAAUGGAAAGAUGCAUUUAUGCAAAUGGAUGGAGAACCGUGGAAACAACCAAUGAGCAAGGACUUCUCCACUUUUGUGGAAAUAAAGAGGGAGCCUUUUCAGUCAGUCAUGAUUAAUGGAGAAUAA